AUGAGAGGAAUUAAAGAUCAUUUAGUUAGCAAUGAAACAUUAUCAUCACCACAUUAUUUGAUGAGAAAUAACAGAUGGUAUUUAGUUGUGCAAUCAGAUGGCAACGUCGUUAUUUACGACGGUCCUGUUUUUGAGCACAGAUUCAGUGUUUGGAGAACUAAAACCAAUGGAAGAGGAACAGGUCCCUACAAAUUAAAUGUUUUAUCAGAUGGUGAUGUUGUCUUGACAGACUAUUACUCUACCGUCAUUUGGAAUAGUGCUACUGGUGGACGUGGUGUCUACCCAUUCCGUCUAGAUUUGACUGAAAACGGUCAACUCGAGUUGAGAGACGGUCGUAAUAUUUGUCUUUGGACCUCACAUUACCCAGAGCCAGAAUGGACUGACACUUUAUCAUCUGUCACUUCUUCCAUCAUGUCUGGUGUUUUAUCUGGUAUUGCAUCGACUACUGUCACUACAGCAGUAUCUCAACCAAGAUAUGUUGUUCGUACACCCACAUCAACUACCUAUGUCAGCGGACCUCCAACAUACGUCCGUACACCACUCUUUGCACCACCAGUUGUCCAACCACCACCACCUCCCACCGUAAUCAUCACUCAACCACCUCCAACCGUCAUUGCUCCACCAAUGAUGGUAGCACCAAUGAUGUCUGCUCCAAGAUGUGGCACACCAAUGAUGUCUACUCCAAUGAUGUCUACCCCAAUGAUGUCUGCCCCAAUGAUGUCUGCACCCAUGAUGUCCGCUCCAAUGAUGUCUGCACCAAUGAUGCCAAUGACAGUUGUAGACACUGGUGUACCAUGUGGAUGUGCCAGCAAGAAAUAUCAUAAUGUUGGAUGUCCCAACUACGUCAACCAACACCCCAUUCCAGGCAAGUCAUUCCUCCGAUUCGAUGGUUUCAUGGGAGUCAAUGAACAACUCUUAUCAGGAUCAUGUAAUGCACUCCAAAAUGGUGCAUAUAAUCUUGUCAUGCAAGAUGAUGGUAAUUUGGUACUAUAUAGAGGAACAAAAUGGACAUCAAGAAAUGCAAUUUGGUCAAGCAAGACAAAUAAUAAGGGUAGAGGUCCAUACAGAUUUGUUUUACAACAAGAUUGUAAUGCAGUUAUAUACGAUGCCUACAACACUGCCACAUGGGCAUCAAACACCCAUAAUAGAUCAAUUCCCAAGUCAUUGAGAGUCACUGCAAAUGGAGGAUUGGCUUUAAUCGAUUACUAUGACAAUGUUAUUUGGUCUUGUAGUGGUCGUUAA